CCCAGGCCCGCACCGCACCGCCCAGGCCCGCACCGCACCGCGCCGCCCAGGCCCGCACCGCACCGCCCAGGCCCGCACCGCCCAGGCCGCACCGCCGGCCGCAGCAUGACGGACCGCUACACCAUCCACAGCCAGCUGGAGCACCUGCAGUCCAAGUACAUCGGCACGGGGCACGCCGACACCACCAAGUGGGAGUGGCUGGUGAACCAGCACCGCGACUCGUACUGCUCCUACAUGGGCCACUUCGACCUGCUCAACUACUUCGCCAUCGCCGAGAACGAGAGCAAGGCGCGCGUCCGCUUCAACCUGAUGGAGAAGAUGCUGCAGCCGUGCGGGCCGCCCGCAGACAAGCCCGACGAGUCCUGACCCUCCGUCCUGCUGGGCCGGCCUUCCCUCCUGCGUGAUUCCCGCGAAGGACUGACCGGGAGAAGCCUCGCAAAAUGCCUGCUUCUGGACUCUGACUGUGCAGUCGUUCGCCUUUUUUUUUUCAAGUGGAAUAUAAUAAAGCUUCCUGGGCAUUCCUAA